AUGCAGCGGCUUCAAGGCCUGAAGAGGAAAUUUGAGAAAGAUGUCAAGUACAAGGAGGAGUACACUUCAUUUCUUAGUGACAUGUUGGAGCAAGGUUAUGCUGAGUUGGUACCCACGGAACAGCUGGAACAAGAUGAUGGAAAAGUGUGUCAAGCUGGUUAUGGAACAGUGUCUUACUUGAGAGUGGAAGAUGGUGAUAAAGUGCACGUGGGAUUUCUUGUGGGGAAAGCCAGAGUUGCUCCCCUGAAGCAAAUCACCAUUCCUCGCCUGGAGCUCACAGCAGCAGUUCUCGCUGUCCGAGUGGAUGCCAUGUUGCGAAAGGAGCUACAGUGGCAGCUGGAGAGAUCAAUGUUUUGGACUGAUAGCACGACCGUCCUAAAGUACAUCUGCAAUGAAACUAGACGUUUCCACACCUUCGUUGCCAACAGAGUCUCUGUUAUUAGAGAAGCUACGGAUGUUGGUCAGUGGAAAUAUGUGAGCACGAAGAUCAAUCCUGCAGAUGAAGCAUCACGUGGAUUGACUGCUGAAGAGCUUCUCACAAAUGGAAGAUGGAUUAAAGGCCCGGAGUUCCUCCGUUUGUCAGAGAGUGAGUGGCCUGUGCCUGAUUUUGAGCCAGCUGUGAUUCCUGCUGAUGACCCGGAGGUCAAAAAAGAACCAGCAGUGUAUGCCAUCGUUAAGCACUUAGAAGAUCCCACAGACUGCCUCAUUCAUUACUUCUCAUCAUGGAGGAGACUUAAAACAUCUGUUGCCUGGUUCCUUGAGCUUAAAAUAGUUCUUUUGCUUUUGAGCCAAAAGAGAAAGGAGUUUAAGGCUGCUGAGAGUGACAAGGAAACGGGAGCUAAAAAUUCUGUGGAACAAAAACUUCAGAGCUUCAAGGCCACACUUCGAAGGAGGAUUUUGAACCCGGAAAAUUAUGAGGAGGCAGAAAAGGCAAUCUUUCGUUUUGUCCAGAAGUACAGGUUUGAGAAUGAAAUUGCCUCACUGACACGUGGCUUGAAUAACAUCUCCAAGGACAGCCCACUGUACAAGCUGGAUCCAAUACUGGACGACGGCAUUCUCAGAGUUGGGGGUCGUCUUCAUAAAUUGGCAUUACCAUCAGAAAUCAAGCAUCCUGUUAUCCUGUCAAAAGACAUGCAUGUUUCCCAGCUUAUUCUACGUCAUAUCCAUCAACAGCUUGGACACGCUGGUAGAAACCACAUGUUGCAUCGGCUUCGACAGAGAUAUUGGAUCAUCAGUGCCAAUUCUGCUGCAAGGAGGACAAUCACAGAAUGUACAGUGUGCAGACGGUACAGAGGAAAACUUGGAGAGCAGAAGAUGGCAGACUUACCAGAGGAGAGAGUCAUGCCAGACAAGGCUCCUUUUACAGAUGUCGGAGUGGAUUAUUUUGGCCCCCUGGAGGUCAAGAGAGGAAGAAGCCUUGUGAAAAGAGGGAGGAAGAGGAGAGGAGUUGGUGUGGAGGAGCAGCCGUCCAGUCAGAGCAGAACUGUACCAGCAGAUGCUGGUCUGCAGGAGGUCCUAGAUGAACACAAGACCAGUCUGAGGAGCAGAUGUGAACAUGUGACUGAAGGAACUGAUGAACCAAGAAGUAGAACCCCCCUCAACAGGAUCUACACGGAGCUCUACAUCACAGAGGGACUGAGUGAAGAGGUUGAUACCCAACAUAAGGUGAGGCAGCUGGAGACAGCUUCCAGGAGGAAGAGACAAUAUGACGCUCCAAUCAGGUGCCAGGACAUCUUUAAAGCCUUACCUGACCAACGUGGAGACAUCAGAGUGGUUCUGACCAACGGCGUCGCUGGCGCUGGGAAAACCUUCUCGGUUCAGAAGUUCUCUCUGGACUGGGCCGAGGGCUCGGAGAACCAAGACGUCACCGUGGUGAUUCUGCUCUCGUUCAGGGAGCUGAACUUGAUCAGAGAUGAGCAGUUCAGUCUUUUCAGGCUGAUCCAGGUUUUCCAUCCAUCGUUCCAGAAGCUCACAGCAGAGCAGCUGGCUGCCGGGAAACCGUUGUUCAUCUUUGACGGCCUGGAUGAAAGCAGACGUUCUCUGGACUUCAACAACGGUCCGGUCGUGUCUGACGUCACACAGAGCUCAUCGGUCAACGUGCUGCUGACCAACCUCAUCCAGGGGAACCUGCUUCCCUCAGCUCUCAUCUGGAUCACUUCCAGACCUGCAGCAGCCAAUCAGAUCCCUCACAAACACGUGGACAGGGUGACAGAAGCACGAGGCUUCACCGACGGCCAGAAGGAGGAAUACUUCAGGAGGAGGUUCAGGGAUGAAGAACGGUCCAGCAGCAUCGUCUCCCACAUGAAGACAUCCAGAACCCUCCACAUCAUGUGUCAACUCCCGGUCUUCUGCUGGAUCACUGCUACAGUUCUGGACCACAUGUUGACCACAGAGCAGAGAGGAGAGCUGCCCAAGACCCUGACUCACAUGUUCUCCCACUUCCUGCUGGUCCAGAUGAAGAGGAAGAGGAACAAGUACCAGGAGGGACAUGAGACGAGUCCACAGGAGCUGACGGAGGCUGACAGGGACUUUCUUCUGAAGCUGGGGAGGCUGGCGUUUCAACAUCUGGAGAAAGGAAACAUCAUGUUAUACCAAGAAGACCUGGAGCAGUGUGGUCUUGAUGUCCCAGAGGCCUCGGUGUACUCAGGAGUUUGUACCCAGAUCUUAAGGAGAGAGUGUGAGGUCUUCCAGAAACCCGUCUACUGCUUUGUUCAUCUGAGCAUCCAGGAGUUCCUGGCUGCAGUCUACGUGUUCCACUGUUGGUCCACCAGAAACACAGAUGUGCUGGAGAACUUCCUGGGAGGAAGAUACAGAUACUCAUCUCUGGAUGACUUCCUGGAGAGAGUCAUGCAGAAAUCCCUGGAGAGUGAAAAUGGCCACCUGGACCUGUUUGUCCGCUUCCUUCAUGGUCUUUCUGUGGAGUCCAACCAGAGACUGUUAGGAGGUCUGCUGAACCUGACGGAGAACGAUCCAGAAACCAUCCAGAGAGUCAUCAACAACCUGAAGCAGAUGAACACUGAGAGAUUCUCUCCUGACAGAAGCAUCAACAUCUUCCAGUGUCUGAUGGAGAUGAACGACUUCUCAGUUCAUCAGGAGAUCCAAGAGUUCCUGAAGUCAGAGAACAGAUCAGAGCAGGAACUCUCUGAGAUCCUGUGUUCAGCUCUGGCCUACAUGCUGCAGAUGUCGGAGGAGAUUCUGGAUGAGUUCGACCUGAACAAGUUCAGCACAACAUGGAUGGGUGGACUGAGACUGAUUCCAGCUGUGAGGAACUGCAGAAAGGCUCGAUUUGUUGAUUGUGAACUCUCAGAGACUCACUGUGAAGUUGUUGCGUCCGCUCUGAAGUCCAACCCCUCCCAUCUGACAGAACUGGACCUGAGUCAGAACCUCCUGCAGGGUUCAAGAGUGAAGCUUCUGUCUGGUGGACUGGAGAGUCCAAACUGUAGACUGAAGAUUCUAAGGUUGGUGUGCUGCAGUUUGUCAGAGAUCUGCUGUUCUUCUCUGGUCUCAGCUCUGAAGUCCAACCCCUCCCAUCUGAAACAUCUGGACCUGAGUUACAACUACAACCUGCAGGAUUCAGGAGUGAAACAUCUGUGUGAUUUCCUGGAGAGUCCAGACUGCAGAGUGGAGAUUCUGAGGUUGGAGCGCUGCAGUUUGUCAGAGAACGGCUGUAAUUUUCUGGUCUUAGCUCUGAUAUCCAACCCCUCCCAUCUGAAACAACUGGACCUAAGUAACAACAAGAGGCUGCAGAAUGCAGGAGUGAAACAUCUGUGUGAUUUCCUGAAGAGUCCAGACUGCAGACUGGAGACUCUGAGCUUGAAGUUCUGCAGUCUGUCAAAGAUCAACUGUUCUUCUCUGGACUCAGCUCUGAAGUCCAACCCCUCCCUUCUGAAACAUAUGAAACAUCUGGACCUGAGUAGGAACACAAACCUGCAGGUUGCAGAUGUGAAGCAGCUGUCUGAUCUGGUGAAGAGUCCAGACUACCAGCUGCAGACUCUCAGAAAACACUUGAUGAACCAAAAAGAUGAUGUUGGAUCAGGUGGAAUCAUCGCCGGUGAUUCCUCAACACCAGCAAAGGUUGGUGAAGCAUGUGGCUCCACCAAUCUCCUCCAUUCACCUCAUCAAGCCGACGUGAACCUCCAGCCACAAAAGCAACUGGAUAAAAUACGCUACGGCUUCAUUAAUGGGAUAACAGAACCUAACCUCUGCAGUCUGAUGGACCUACUUCUGGAGAAAAAAGUAAUCAAUCAAUCUGAAAAUGAGUCAGUGGAGAAGCAAUUAAGAGAAGGAAGGGCCCGUUGUCUUUUUGAUAUGGUGAGGAGAAAAGGUCAAAAGGCCAGUUCCGAGAUGAUUGAGAUUCUCAAAAAGCUCGACCCGUUCCUCUGUGGAGAUCUGGCCUUGAUCUAAAGAGCAUUACUGCCCCCUUAAACUGCACAUGUGUGGAAGCUACAUCAUGAUUUCCAGGAAGGAGUUUUUAUUCCAAUUCUUGCCAUCAGAAAUAUUUCCUCAACUAAUCACCACAGAAGGUUUUCCCUGAAACAGCUCAUCUAAAUCACCUGUCUAAACAACAUUCCUCUGAGGUUUAUUAAUAAAAAUCAUGCAUCUCUUGUA